AAUACAGGAUUAGGCGCGAGUUUCGUAUCCACUUGGAAAAUGGGUCUCCUGGCUAUAUUGCGCAAACUUCGAUCGAACCCCGAUAAAGAAUUGAGGCUCCUAGUGUUGGGCUUGGACAACGCGGGAAAGACAACGAUUCUUCGCUGCUUGGCGAAUGAGGACGUAACACAAGUUACACCGACUCAGGGGUUCAACAUAAAAAGUGUGCAAAGCGAGGGUUUCAAACUAAACGUUUGGGACAUUGGUGGGGCUCGAAAAAUACGGCCGUACUGGCGCAACUACUUUGAAAACACGGAUGUACUUAUAUACGUCGUUGAUAGUGCGGACGCAAACAGGCUCGAGGAAACGGGCCAAGAGCUGUCGGAGCUGCUUACGGAGGACAAGCUACGGAACGUCCCUCUACUCGUCUACGCAAACAAACAGGACGUGGCCCAGUCCGUGACUGCCGCUGACAUCGCAGAGUCCCUCGGCUUGCACAACAUCAAGGACCGUGACUGGCAGAUCCAGUCUUGCAUCGCCACCGAAGGCAAAGGCGUCAAGGAAGGACUGGAGUGGGCUUGCAAAAACAUUAAAAAAAAGUGAGGUACAUGAAGGAAUACCACACAGUUUCGUUGUCGCUUAAAUUUUAUUUGAUAUUUAUCUAAUAUUUACAAGAAUUAUUUAUAUACCUAUAUUUACGAUUAGGCUAGCUACGUUUUAUGUAUAAACAAAUCCGGUCGGAGCGAUUUGGUUAUUCUCGACCGGUUUUUUCUUUUGUUGGCAAGAGAAAGAAAAAAAUAGAAAAGGA